CACGUGUGUCGAAUUCAACAACAAAGGUAAACAUGACGGAAAGCAUCAAUGCAUUACUUGCCGAGGCCGCCGCCAAGGAGUUGCACAGCUCCGAGGAUGAGGAGGACAUUGGGGACGAGGACACCUGUAGCGCGCAAGAAUUGGCAGCAGCAUUUCAAUUUCAGUAUGCACAGGACGAAGCAUCGCUCACCUUAAAGCGGGAUUACGUGCUGGGUCUGUGUGCGGACAAAGGAUACACAUGCUUGGCAGCGGGUCUCUCAAAUACAGCCGUAAAGAUUUACGAUCUGAGUGCGGCGGCUGCUUUGACACCAGUUCACGUGGAACGAGUGCCAAUUGUCGCCAGUGCGGAUCAGGAUGUCACCAUUUGUGGCGUACGUUUUCUGGACGAGAGUCCACAUACACUACUUGUGGGCACCACCAAUGGCCAAGUGCGUUUGUUUGAUUUACGCGCAACUGGGGAACAGGCACGGUUUGAGUACAAAGCUGAUCCGGAUGCGGAUUCCCAUUUGCCACCCGUACCAAAAUCAAUGACUUGUUUCGAUCGCAAUGCGAAUAGCCGCAUCAUCUGCAGCGGCACGGAGCAACACAUGGGCAAUGUGUACUUGAUAUUCUACGAUGUGCGCGAACGCAGGCAGCUGGGCGUCUACCAGGAGAGUCACGAGGAUGAUGUGACGCAGGUGUCUUUCCAUGCCAAGAAUCCGGAUCUGGUGUGCACGGGCGGCACGGAUGGGCUGAUUAAUGUGUUCGACAUCAAGCAGCCGGAUGAGGAUGAGGCUCUGCUCAACACGAUCAAUACGGAGAGCAGUGUGCAUCGCCUCAAUUGGCACCAGAAUGUCUACGAGCAGGACAUCAUCUCGUGCAUCACGCACACCAACGAUUUCAGGAGCUACGAGUGCAUGGAGGGUGACGAGAUCAUUUCAUUUGAUCGUGCUGCAAUUACAGCUGGAAUACGCCGCAAAAAUGCGGGCAAUUUCAAUUUAAUCAAUGCCCACAACAUGCAAGACGAUGGCGUCUUUUUGCUUGCCGGCACCAACUUCAAUCGCGGCGAGGUGCUGCGUUCGGUGACUGCCCCGGCCAAAGAUACGCUGAAACCGCUCACAAACUUUGUGGGCAACAAGCAAAUUGUGCGCGAAAGUAUUUUCGAUGCCACGCGCAAUUUGCUGAUAACUGGCGGCGAAAGCGGCAUUAUCUCCAUCUGGACACCCGAGGCGAGCAACAAGAGUAGCAACAAUAAGUUAAAGAGCAAAUCGGUAGCAUCUAAGAAACACACGAAAAAUCCAUAUUAAAACGCAAACAAUUUCAAA